AUGUCCGACCGCUCCAACGACGGCCGCACGCAGCAUGCCCCAAACGGCGAACAGAGCAGACGCACGCCGCUGCCACCUCUCGGCAGUGACAGGCUACCCCCACUAGCCGGCCCGGGUCCCCUGUCGACGUCGUCGUCGUCGUCGUCUUCGUCAUCAUCCGCCAACAACAAGCCUGUCCUCAGCCUGCCUCCGCCGCCUCCGUUUCGCAUGCACUCCUACCACCACCCCUUGCCUGCCAGCUCCUCAUACAGUACCAGCUUCGACAGCUUCGAUCGCGACCGUGGGCAGCCCCCCACCCAGCAACAGCCCGUCACGCCUCAGCCCGCGCAGUCGGGCUCGCCCCACCGCUGGUCCCGGUCAACUGCCGACCCCGCCAGACCAGACAACGGCCAGGGCGAGCUGCCGCGCUUCCUCGUGCAGCGCUCCGGCUCGUCGUCGAACAACUCGUUCCAGCUGCCACCCCUCUCGGCCUCGCUCGGCUCCCUUCCCGGAUGGAGAUCGGUCUCCAACGGCGACGCCAUGCGCAGGUCCCCCGUCUCGCCAGGCGGUCACGGCCCGCACAUUGACGCCUUCCGUGAGAAUGCGGCCAUGAUGCUGGGGGCGCGCGUCGACGACCGCAUGCUCCCGCCCUACAGCCCUCCGCUCGGCGUGCCGACGGCUUCGCCCCUCGACUCGGCCAUGGCCGCCAGCUCGUCAGCCUCCUCCAUCGGGCGCGACGCCAUGGCCGCCGCCGGCGCCACCAGGAAGAUGGCCAAAGCUCAUGUCCCCUCGGCCUGCCUCAACUGCAAGCGCGCCCACCUCGCCUGCGACGUCGGCCGCCCGUGCCGCCGCUGCAUCAACCUUGGCAAGAGCGACACGUGCAUCGACGUCCAGCACAAGAAGCGCGGCCGCCCGCGCCUAAAGGAUCGCCAGGAGUCGCAGACGAGCGUCACCCGACCCAGCACCAUGGUCGACGGCGCGGCGGGCGUCGGCAGCGACCGCGCGUCGACCUCGCCGUCGUCCUCCAUGGGCCUGAUGCGCUACUCGCCGGCAUCCGAGCCGUCGUACUUCCAGUCGCCGCCCAGGCAGGCGGGCAUCCUGUCGCCGCCCAUCUUGUCGUCGUCGAUGUCGUCGUCGUCGUCGUCGUCGAUGAUGACGAGCACCGCGGUGCAUCGCGUCUCUGGCCCCACCCACGGCGCCCAUCCGCAGACCCGGACGCCGUCGGCUUCGGUCUCGGCAUCGAGCUACCCCUACAGCCGUCCGGACCACGCCCGCACCUUUUCCGACGGUCACGCCGCGUCGGCUCAACCGGCAUCGGCGGUCGUCACCAUCAUCUGCUCGACCAACCUGCAGUGCGCGCGGGUCUCCGAGGACUGCCAGGUGCUCCUCGGCUACCAGCCGUCCGAAGUGCUGGAGCGCUCCCUGUUCGAGCUGGUCCACCCGACCGAAUCGACCCGGCUCGAGGAGCUCUGGACGUCGCUCAUCGACCCCGUCGGCGUGCUUCCGCAGGCCGUCCCCGCCUCGGCCGAGGUCGUCAUGUCGACGCCGCCCGCCCGCCUCAUGGCGCCCGCCGCCGGCACCAUCUUUGUCCAGGAAAACAUGCGCCUCCGCCAACGCAACGGCAUGUACGACUUCUACAGCAUCCGCCUGCACCUCGGCGGCGGCUUUGGCGUCGACCUCUACCGCCGCGAGACGCUGGACCGCGCCUACAUCGUGGCGAGCCUGCUCAAGCUCGGCAACGACGCCACCCACCCGGACACGGCGGUGCUGCGCAACCCGUACGGCGGCGCGAGCGCUGCCUUUGGAGGCCCGGAGUCGGCCUUCUGGACGCCGACGAGCCGGGAGAGUGCCUCGUCCCGGCCAGGCGCUGCCAAGGGGUUUGACGGCCAGCAGGCGCCGAACGGCGGCGGCCUGCCCGCGUACGCGCCCAAGGCCGACCCGCAGUACCGGAGGCAGCAGCAGCAGCAGCAGCAGCAGCAGCAGCAGCGUUCGCCGACGUUGCACGGCUUCCAGUGCGAGCCAGCCAGGCCCAGUGGUGCCUCGGCGGGCUUCGCCAUCGCGAGCGAGACAUCGACGACGGCACGCGAGGCUGCGAUCGCGCGCGGUCCGCCGUCGCCCAUCCGCGCCGAAGCACCUGCGUCGCUCCCUCGUGCACAGAAGACGAGGCAGUCUCCGCCGGCGGCGUCGCGAACGGCAGCCGAAGAGCACGAUGGGCCCGCCCGACGUGACGAGGCGGUGCCGAGCUAUAGCAAGCUGGCCAGUCGCACCAACGCACGGCCAGCGGCUGCCGUGGCGGGCGCCACGAGUCCGGCAGGUAAGCGCCGCAGCAGCAUUUCAAUGUCGGCGACGUCGCCGCACGCCAGCUUCCGCAGCACGGUGCUUGCGUCGUCGAGGCGCACCUCGUCGAGCCGCGAUGGCAUCACCUGCUAG